CUUCAUACGUGUCGUGUGUUCAAAAUUAUUGUCGUGAAAGUCCAAUCGGAUAAUUCCCAGUUCUAUUCUCUUCUCGUUUUGAUUUAAUAUCAAUUUGAUAUUAUCCUUAAACGUGUCACCGAUUGAUAAUCAAAAUAAUAAGAUGAAAGUCUCAUUGUUUUAGCACCGAUUUCAAUCGGUUUUAAUUAAAUCUCAUUUUUAUUAAAGAAUUAACAGAUCUAAAAGAGAUAAAGGAAUCAAUCGGUUGAAAAGAUUUGAACAAAAUUGGCCUGUUGACGAUAACAAGGCGUGAAUUUUUACAAGAUUGUUGCCACGGCUAAGUUUAACCGAUCGAACGUCAAUUGCCAGCAUCGUUAUGUUCUCGAUCGAAUACAGCAAACAAUUCCUGAGCUACCGUAUACUCAAGUCGAACCGGUUCAAAUACAUCUGACGAUACGGACUCGGACUAAGUGCUAAAAAAAGGGGGGUGUGAAAAGCUGAAAAAGAGUGGCCGAGAGGAGAAAGAGGAGAAAGAAGAGGUGGAGAAGUUAGUGCGUGUGUGUAUUUAUUUUAUACCGGCAACGACUUUGCGUAUUUUUACGGUUAGCUCAGAAAUCAAGGGUUCUCGAUAAUCAACAAGACCUGGAAAGUCUUGUUAUUGUUAUUGUUGUUGUUAAUUAUAGUCCUUCGAUGGGAUCGAUUGAUUUGUCUUUGACAGAAAAAAUUUGUCGUUAGUAAAAAAAGAAAUUUUUGAAGGGGAAAAAGGAAUAAUAAAUAUACUGUAUAUAUCGACCUCUGUUAAAUUGUUCAAAAUAACGAAAAGCAUUGGGCAAAGAGUUGUUGAUCAUAUUUCCCAAAUACUCUACCACCAUCUUUUAGAAUCUAGUUAAAAAUAUUCUGUUGCACUUUUUCCACUUAAGGGGAUCGAAGUUAAAAGUUAGGAAAAAGGAGAGAAAGGAAGGAAGGGAAUAUUAAAUAAGAAGCUGCUGAAUUUUUUGUUUAUACCGAAAGAGAAAGAUCUUCGAUAAAAGAAGCAGCAAUUAAAAACCGAAAUCUGCACGUCUUUGGUAGAUCCGACUAAGGUUUAUUCUUUAAAAGGAAGUAAAGGGUAAAAAAGAAAAAAAUGAUCGUUUACGUUCCGGGCAGAAUGCCAAGCCACGUUGGUCCCUACGGUGCCGCUCGUUAUCCUGGCACCCUGCUAGGAACGAUCCCGGGUUUUUACAACCCGGUUUCCGGUUACUCCAACUCGAGUUACUACGACUACGGGGGCCUGAGCCAGCAGCAACACCACCACAAUCAUCAUCAGCAUCAUCAACAGUUCCACCAACAACUGCAGGGAUCGCUAAACCUUCCGGUUUGGCCUCGAAGGAUGCCGGCCGAGGAGGAACUGCCAAAUUCUCCGAGUGUCGUCGCAUUGCCCGGCCUCGGAAUAUCCUCUCCUCCAACUGCUGCUGCUGCUGCUGCUGCUGUUGCUGCUGCUGCCGCUGCUGCUGCUGCUGCUGGACUCGGAAAUGGGGGUCCACCACCGAGUCCUGCCCAAAGUGAUUCCGAUGCCUCCAGUUCUAGUCUCGAAGUAGGUUCCGUUCGAAGAGGGGAAAAUGCCCAACUCAAAUGCAGAUGGCAAAACUGUGGACGAUGGUUCACAUCAUUGGAACAACUUGCUGGACAUGUUGCAAGAUUACACGCUACACCUGGUGCUCGAGGAUUGUUCUAUUGUGGAUGGGAAGGAUGUGUGAGAGGUGAACGUGGAUUUAAUGCCAGGUACAAGAUGUUGGUCCACGUCCGUACGCAUACAAACGAGAAACCACAUCAUUGUUGUGAAUGUGAUAAGAGUUUCAGUAGGGCAGAGAACCUAAAGAUUCAUGCUAGAUCUCAUACUGGUGAACGUCCGUACGUCUGUCCUGUUGAAGGUUGCAACAAGGCCUAUUCUAAUUCAUCAGAUAGAUUCAAACAUACCAGAACUCAUGCUGUCGAUAAACCAUAUUGUUGUAAAGUUCCGGGAUGCCCAAAAAGGUAUACGGAUCCUUCGUCUUUAAGAAAACACGUUAAAACUUACAGGCAUUAUGUAAACAACAAUGAUAAAGUUCAAGAUAAGAGUUUAGAUGAUAAUCAUUUACAAGAUAAAACGAGAUUCGAUGCUACCUCACCUGAGAAACAAAACAGUACAACUCAUUCUGAAUCUGAUAAAAAGGAUUCCAGUAUCGAAAGUAGCAACACCUCUUGCUCGAGUCCAAAAGCGAGCAAUAGUUUCGAGGAACAGAAGAAUUUUGUCGAAUGGAACAACAUGUACAAUUUACAGGAUCAACGAAAAGAAAAUGAUAACAUUGUACAAAAUUCAUAUGAACAAGAUGUCAAGAUUUAUUCGAAUUUAUACGACGAUAGUUACAUAAUACCAGAUAGAAUCCAAAUGAAUCCAAUUUAUUCAAAUAGGAUUGAUAAUACAAUUAUAAAAGAUUGUUCCUCGAUAAUGUCUUCUCCUCGUACUAGUCCAGGAUACGUUCCAGAAAAAAUGACCGCACGAAUUGGAAUGCAAUCGACACCAAUUAAAACGGAAGAUGAACCAAUGGAAUGUCAAAGUAAAAUAAGUACAGUCGAUUAUAGAAAUAUUGAUUCCAUCGUUAAUAGUACACCUUGUAAAAAAGAUAACAACAACAAGGUGAUCGGUUGCGAUAUUAUAAGAAACUCUGUGAUAAAGCGAGCCGAAGACGUUGUUAAGAUGGAAGUAGUUGUCGAGAAUAAAUUAACGAAAGAAGAAACGAAUAAAGAUAUUGUAGAAGAGUGUUGCUGUCGUCAUAAAUGUUGCGUUCAUAGUAAAAACAGUAUUUUGGAACAAACUAGAAUGCUAUCUGAUUUUAUAUUAAAGUCGCAAAAUCCUCUCUUUCGGCAUCUUCUUGGUUCGGUGGAUCUGCAAUAUGGUUUAGAAGACAUAUGGAGCAAUAUGGUUGACAAUACCAAUAUUUGCGGACAAGAUCUCAGAGUUAAAAAUGAAAAUAUUACUGAAAUGGAAGAAGAUCUUCCCUUGGACCUUACAAUUAGCAAAUAAUGGUGUAUCUAUCUAAAAGAAAAUUUGUUCAACGAAAAAGUUUACAUUUUAAUUUGUUGUCUUUUAAUGGGUCUUUAAAAUUAAACGUAUAACUAUUAUGAAUAUGUUUUUUACUCUAGAGUGUUAAAUAUUUAAAAUUAACCAAAAAAAAACAAAUUCGAUUUUAAAUUAUCAAAUAAUUCUGCGAAUUAUGUAAACAUGAAGUAAUCAACAAUUUUCUUCACUGUAUAA